AAUGGUUCCCACUGUCUGUGUUAUAAGGUCCCAUAAGAAAAAAAUUGAAAGUUCUCCGUCAAUGAUCUUUCCUCAGGGCAUGGUUACUACGAAAGUGCUGCCAUCUGCCCACACAAUCUCUAACUGAAUGGCUUACUGCAGAAACGAAGAAUUCACGUUUUAAUGGCGGAAAUGCAGAUUAAUGUAAAAUGACACGCAAACCAUGUUUCGUUUUUAAUUGUAAAUCUUCUUAUAACAAAGAAAAUGAAAGUCUUGCGUUUUUCCAUCCACCGAAGUUGUGUCUAAAUUCCUGGCAGGAAAUUAUUAAAAAGCCAGGACUCACUUGCCAGUCCAGAAUUUGCAGUAUUCAUUUUGAAGAGAACGACAUACUCAAAGGGAGAGAAAUUCAAGGCGUGUUUUACAGUUAUCCGAAAUGGAAAUUAAAAUCAGGUGCUCGGCCCAGUAAAUUGCUAGGAAAUGAUGUCAGCGUACUCGAAAGACCUGCUGCAAAGAAAUAUGUUCACAGUGAUAGGUUUAAGUCACCAUAUCGAAAUAUAACAGCAAAGUCUAAAGCUGCUAAUCCUAAGCUGCAGUUGGACAAUCAAUCAUUUUUGUCGAAUAACAACACCAAUGUAUUGAUCCCAUCACAUGCAAAGAAGUCAACGUCAAAUAGCAUAGCUAUACACCAACUUGACGCUGAAAAAGGAAAAGUAAAUGAUAUGGAAGCAGCUGAACCUGUGGCAUUACCAUGUGUAACAACAGAAGACAUGUUCCAGGAACCUACUACUGAAACACUCCUACACAUUCCACCUGAAAUUUGUAUGUCAAAAAUCAAAGUACUCAAUCUUUGUCCUUUUUUUUGUGACACACACCGUGCUGACUCGUAUCCUUAUUUAAUAAUGGAAUUCGUACAAGUUAGAUAUCAUUUUGAAUCAAAGCGUUUUCAAGAACGUAAUUUGGCAGAAGUUGAUAGUAACGUGCGACAAAAUUUCAAGAUGGCAAAACUUGCUUAAUUUUUUUUUUCUAAAUGUAAAUUGUAUGUAUGUUAAUACACAUUACAAGUUAUAAAUUGAA